AUGUCAGCACAGGAACACCACAACGGGUCAGACAAUACACAAGGUCAUGAAGACCAAUCCAACCAGGAGGAAUUCAUUGAUGUGAAUGAGGUUGGUGAAGAAGUCUACGACGAAGAUGAAGGAGACAUUCAACCAGAUGAUGACGAUGAUGAGGAAGAAGAGGAAAUAGAUACAACGGGGUACAACGAUGAAGGCGACCAUGAACAUGAGACGUUGGAAAUUGACAUGUCCAAUAACUCUUGGUUCUACUUUGAUAAACACCAAGACAGUGUCUUUACUAUUUUUUCACAUCCUAAGUUGCCUAUGGUUGUAACUGGUGGAGGAGACAAUGUUGCAUACCUUUGGACUACACACUCUCAACCUCCAAAAUUUGUUGGGGAGAUACAGGGACAUGGUGAAAGUGUUAUAUCAGGUGGGUUUACGAAUGACGGGAAAUAUCUAAUAACUGCAGAUAUGGAUGGGUUGUUACAAGUAUUCAAGGCUAGUAAAGGUGGCGAAAAAUGGACCAAAUUUGGUGAAUUAAACGAAGUUUCCGAGGUAUUGUUUGUCACUGUGCAUCCCGAACUAAACUACUUUGCCUUUGGAGCAAACGAGGGCUCUGUAUGGGUGUAUCAAAUUGACGAGGAGAGUAAGCUGUUGGUGCAGAUAAUGUCUGGUUUCAGUCAUACCUUGGAAUGUAAUGGAGCUGUCUUCAUCCCCGGUAAAGACGAAAACGAGUUGACCUUGGUGUCUAUAUCUGAAGAUGGAACAGUUGUGAAUUGGAAUUGUUUUACUGGUGCGGUCAACUACAAAUUGCAACCACACGAUGAUUUCAAAGGGGUCGAAAGUCCUUGGGUAACAAUCAAACACCAUGGUCAUGUGAUUGCAAUUGGAGGAAGAGAUGGCCAACUUUCAAUUAUCAACAAUGAUACGGGCAAAAUAUUAACGUCGGUAAAAACUUUAGACAAUGUCGAGGAUGUUGCCGAAUUAUCAAUUGAAGCAUUGUGCUGGUGCAAGAACAAAACCGUCAACUUGUUGGCAGUUGGACUUGUCUCGGGUGAUGUGUUGUUGUUUGAUACGCAGCAAUGGCGGUUGAGAAAGAAUCUAAAAGUUGAUGAUGCAAUCACCAAGUUAGAGUUUAUCAACGACACUCCGUACUUGAUCGGCUCUUCGAUGAAUGGUAAAAUUUACAAGUGGGAUGCACGUACAGGUGAAGAGUUGUUUGUAGGAGUUGGUCAUAACAUGGGUAUUUUGGAUUUUGCAAUCUUGGAAAACGGUAGAAAAGUGGCGACUGCUGGCGAUGAGGGUGUUUCUUUGUUGUUUGUAACUGAGUAG